UUGGCCUCCAAGACUUUUACCUGAAGAAACGAGAACCGGAGCAUGUUCCCCGGGUGAGCGCCAGGGAGGAAGAAGAGGCGCCACGGCUCUGCACGGGCUCUUGGAGCAGCAGUGAAGAUAGAGCUGGGGUUGGCUGGACCUGAGCGGGUUGCUGGGACAGCUCAGCAGUUAAUCCUGUCACUGGCAUCGUAAUUGGGCUACUCUAGUGUUGUAAAAAGGAGCCGGUGGGUCUGACAGGUGAACAGCAGAGCUGCAAGAAAAGUUUAGACAAGCCUGGAGUGUUUCCUGAAUGCCUCCAGGGUCCGGGCUGGGAACGAGGCGUGCAGGAGUAGGGGAGCCCCAUAGCGCUGUGCCAGCCUGUGCUCUCCCUGACCAGCCGGGCUGUGGAUGUCUCGUGGGCGGCAGAGUUCAGCCCCAUAGCUCCACAUCAAAAACCUACGUGACUCCCCGCGAUGCGGCUUCUCUUUCGCAUUGCUGUGUGCUUCCCACUGAGCAGGCAUGCUCCUAGGCAGUCUGGGGGAAUUAACGUUGAAUUGUUGGUCUGAUUACAGUUUUAUAUGAUAAUUUUUCCUUGAUUCUUAGCUGUUGUACCCAGCAGAUAGUGGUACUUGUCUGUCCUUGUGUUGCUCUUGCUGCAGUCCUUAAGUUUUGUAUUAGGCAACUUUGUGAUGACAAAUCAGCCCCUCCCACUUUUCGGUCAUGCCUGGGGCUCUUCUCGGCAUAGCAGGGAUCGCAUUGCGAGGACACUGACGAGGACACUGACGGGGCCAAAUGCCACCAUCCCCAGAUAAUGAUGCCUGCAUGGAGAUGUCGUGUCACUGGUGCAGGUCAGGGGCUUUGGCUGCCAUACCAGUCUGGCCAAGUGCCAUUCCUUGGCAUUUCCCAGAUUCCUCCCGUGCAGCAAGUCUGGGAGUAUUUGGCGCCUUCUUCCCAACUUGAAUCUCUGUUUCUGCUCCACUCCCCAGCUCUGAGAGACAGCUGUAUGGAGUGAGGUGGUUGCAGUGCCUCCAGGGGAAUCUCCCACCCUGGUCAAGGCACAGAAGGGUCCUCGUCACAUACUGGAAGACAGACCUAGGAGCUUUUUCUUCCAGUUCCAGAUAUGUUUCAGAAAAAAAGUGUCAAGAAAAGAGGAUGGACAAAGAAUUUAUGUAUUUCGAACUAACUGGGCAGUUCUUGUCUCCUUGCUACAUAUUAAUAUUUUGUACUCGUUCCACUCACCCUAAGUCUUCCGCCUUUUUUUUAUUUUUGUGCCAAAGGCUGAGAGUAUAGCCAGGCUGCCUAAAACCAGACAGCUGUGCUGACUGCCUGUCAUUCCCGCGCUGGUGGCCAAGCUCUCCCCAGGUCUUGCUGCAUAAUUCAACCUUUUCAUCAUGAAUCUCCAUUGAGAAUGCUAUCCCUUCGGUUUUCUGCCUGCUCGGAUCUGCAGGAAGGUUCUUUAGACCUUCUCACUGGAAGGACCUCCACAUCCUCUAGCUGGUUGCUUUUAACCCAGACUCAUUUCUCUACUCUAGUUUAUGCUGCGAUACAGCUGCUCCCAUAGCUCAGAUGAUGAGAAAGUAAGAAUCACGGGCAGGAACAAAAGCAGGGACUUCCCAGCUUUGUUGCUGGGGAAAUCCAGAGCUGCAUGGUUCACUGUCGCUUUGCGGUAGGUCCCCUUCUGUGGCCGGGGACUCAGAGCAGAAAAGUCAAUAUUGUUCAGUAGCAAUGGUGACUCCAUGCUCUGGACCUUUCACCCUUCGGCGUGGCCCCCACACUCUUUGGUCACAGCCAGGUCAGCCCUCCUAAGUGAGCCACUGAGCCAGCCCUUUAAUUUAGAUGUCCCCAGUGCACUCUCUCCACAGCAAAGCUGCAGCACUGGAUUUACUGCCUAACCACACUGGAGUCCCUCACCUUGCCUGAUACCGUGCCCUGAUGCCUGAGAACGGUGAGAAAGUCCCCUGUGAACUUGAACGCGUGAGCUUUCAGUCCCCGGCCCAGCCCGCGUGUGCAGGGAGGGAGGCAUUUGCUGCAGUGCAGAGCGAGGUGGCGGCUGGAUUCCAGCUCUCCCGUGGCUUGGUCCGACACCCUGCCACCCGUGAGGUCUGCCUCCCUCCCUCCCUGCCACCUCAGGAACAGGAACGUGCGCCAGAACUGCUCUGCUGCGUUUAACGACAAUUUUGGGCAGCCGUGCGCCUCUCAUGCCUUCUCUGUUCAGCGUGGAGUUCAGCACUGCAGCCGUUGAAUUGGAAUGACUAGCCCCAGCACAAAUGCCAGGCACAAAUGUAAUCCGGGAUGCAGGUGGAAUUUGCUGACACAUCCCUAUAGUGGGCGGUUUCUCACUGGUAUCUUUUUUUUGACCUGAGGGUCCAAGCAAAAACUUGGUGUCUUGAUUAGGAGAGAAAUCGGUCAUCAUCCUGUCCCUCAGGUUUUGCACCCAAAAUGUGCUUCUGCAGGAGGAUACUGGAGCUGGGAGGGAGCAGCGAUGUGUAACUGUGUGGCAAAGCAGCAUGCCAGGCUGUUGGUCCCUGUGCCACCAGCAUUUCCAUGGUGGCCAAACUGUCUCUGAGCUGUCUCGUCCUCACGGACUUCUCGUGGCCAGCAGGACCCUCUGCUCUUCAGCUUGAACUCGCGGGUGGCCUUGGGUGCUGCUUUGUCUCAAUGUGUGACUGGACUGGGGGUUGCUUGUUUCCUGGAGCUGAUGUAGGUGAGGGUUGGUUCCGUGCUGUUGAAACACAAGAGCUUGUACCUAGCUACCAGGUGUAAGAGCGGCUUUAGACACGCUCACUCAGUUGGUUUCAGAUCAACACGCUUGAUCUUGUUGAAAGCUUUUUAAUUUUUUUGAAGGGGUACAAACCCUUAUUUUGAAAUUUUUUUUGUUUUUUUUUUAAAACUGUUUAUUUGGUGUUUUGUUAACUUGCUUGUUCAAGCUUUAAUCAAAAGCCCCGGAGCUGCUAGUGAGGAACUUGGUGUGAACUCCGGUCUCAUUUAGAAAAAGGUGUUAUGCUUUCUAAUCAUAAAGAACAGAAAUUGCACCCUGCCGUAGCAUAGGCAACAAUAGCAAAUCACAGUUGUCUGACCCCUCCUCACGGUGACUUCGGGCUGUGUGAGGCUGACAGCACAUUAUCAGGUCAGCUUGCAGCUCAUGCAUUCACAAGCUCUUGUUAUUUUAAGUGUGUCACCGCAGCCGCGUUUAAAAUAACCUCCCCAGCCAAACUCACGUGGCGGAGGGAUGACGUGCGCACCCGGGCUCUUACGGUCUCGUCCUUUCGUGCUAGAAACGAGUCUGUGAGGAGCUGCCACGCUGCUGCUGGAGGAGUGCAGGGAGGCUCGGGCUGGAAGAAGGGACUUCCAGUGAUGCUCCAUGGGGUGCGCACAGGCUGGGGCGCGUGGUGGCCCCUGUGCACCUGUGAUGUGACAUUCGUAAAGGCUGUGGCAGCACUCCAGCUGACGUCCCGAAGCUUGAGAGCAGGCUGUGCAGUAAUAAAAGGUGUUAGCGAAAUAAUUGUAAGCAAGCACAGCUGUACGGUCACUCCAACAGUGACAACUUUGGCCUCUAUAUUGUGUGUCAAUAAGUCCAAACCAAAAUCCAUUAAUUACUAGUAAUGAUGUUUGGGCUUGACUUCCAUCCCAGCCAGCUGACCCUGGGCUUUUCCCAGCUCAUGUUUCUACAACAAAAUUUCCAAGUGUAGUUUGAUUGCUGUUGUGAGCAGCAGAAUGGACUCCUGCUUCGUUGCCGUAGGUUGGGUUGGGCAGCACUAGGGAUUGCAUCAAGCUGUGACCUUCCUCCACCCCAAAACUCUGACAAAGUUAAACGUAAAGGGGAAACUUCCCUGACUGGUAACCAGCAGGGAUUUACCUUGGGGCAGGUGACGUGGUUUGUGCCCAGAGCCUUGGGGUCAUGGCAACUGCUGUCCUGUUGUGCCCACAGCCUGGCAUGUGAAGGUGCCUCCAUCUCCACCAGUUCUCCUGGAUGUUCAGCAGCUGCUUUGCUGAGCUGUCUUUGCAGUGAGGACAGGAGCUGGUUUGCAGGCAGACAUCAAAGAUGGCUGUGCUGGCAUGCAGAAGGUGGGACAGGAGUGUGGACAGGGGGAAAGACAGGCAGGAUAAGGUGGUGCUGCCAGUCUGGAUGCAUCCUGACCUGCCCCACGCAGGGGCAUGUUCUUCCUUUCAUCCUUCCUGACCCUGUCUCUGCGCUCCUGUGUCUCCACAGGGAAACAGUGGUGGUUACUAGCUAUUGGCCAGCACAGUCUUCACCUGGAAGCUGUACAAAAGGCCCUGCUGCUUCCUUCUGCAGCCGCUGCUUCCAGUGCACCUCUGCCCUGUGCCAGCCCAGCUGCUUCUGUGGCUCCAUGGCAAAACCAGUCCGGAGAGGGGCAAGCUCAGCACAUUCUCCUUGUGCCACUGCAGGGCUGGGGACCAGCCCUGACCGAGCAGGCAAUCAAUGGUGGCUAAAGCCGUGCCGUGGCCAGCAGGCUGCCCUGGCAGCCGCAGCUGCUGGAGGUACCCCCGUGCCUGUGCAGGUCAUAUCUGUGCCAUCGUUGUCACUUAUUCCAGAGCAGGGUUACACAGGGCUUCUGCUGCCCAUGUCUAAGCUGGCUGUAGGAUUCACGUCCCUUGUUACAGCUUCAUUAGGCCAAAUCACUUUUAUUUUUAUAGCAGGAUGAUCCACUGAUAGCUGUAAAGCCGGGUGGAGGCGAGGCGCAGGUGGCUUUCACUGCAGGCUGGUUUUGCAAGGUCAUUCACAGCCGGGUGAGAGCGCAGGCGAUGGCCAAGCUGGCAGUGCGUGCCGUGAUGCUGCAGUAACAGUUGUCUUUAGGCAGGGACAUCGAGGCCACUUUAAUUCACCUCCUUGCAUUUUUAUUUUGCUUUUUCACAUCUACAUUCGCUGGUGUGCUAGGGUUGCUUUGUGAUUCAAGCCUGCUUGCCACCUGGGUGCAUCUGGGGGGAUAGCAUGCGGAAGCUGUCGCUUGUUUACCGGGGGAAACUUGAGCCAGGCGGGUGGCGGCAUCUGAGCCACAGCCUCUUUGCUCUGUGCUAAUCGCUGUGAAUGUCACAACACGGCUGGGUUUGCUGCUGGGCACGGAUCAGGUAGCGAUCGGAUAGUGCGGUACAGCUCAGUUGUGUACGGUGUGGGGGGUUCGCUUCCCUGGGGCUCAGAGCCCCUCUGGGCUGCAGCUCGCAGAGGGACACAGCUGCCCUGUCCUCAUCGGGAGUGCUCAGCGAGACUGUAUAAGCGGUAAUGAGCAGCACAGCCACGGCCAUGGAGCAGACCCAACCCCUUCCAUACUUCCUUGCAGAGCCUGGCAGGGCAGCAGCUCUCCUUGAGGAUGUAUAGCUCCUAUGGGAUCCUGCCUGGGAUGUUCCCACCUCAUAUAGCCCCUGGAUGGGAUGCUGCUGACCUGAUCUGUGCUGGAGACUGGGGCCUGAAUCGCAGGCUGAGAAGGUCUGGCAGGUGUGGGUCUGUGUGGGGUGUAGGUCUGUCUGACCCAGCCCUGCUGGGUGUGAACUGCUGUUGUGGUGCUGCAGAGCAACCCCAGGGUCUCUCCUAACUAUGCUAUAACUGCUGCAGCCAAGGCUUGAUUUUCAGGUGAGAAAGGAGUGUGUAUGUGUAUUGCAAGGAAGCUAAGGGGUGAUGGUUGAUGCUCUGCUUUCCCUUCUUUUUAUACUUUUUAUACUUUUUUGGUUAUUUUAAACAUGCAAGCUUGUGAGAGUUGUAAGGUGGAAGAGCAAGCCAUCUGUCCAGCCUGCUUGGGAUACAGAUUCCUAUUGAGGCUGCAUCCAGGGGCCCUCCAGGCAUGUGUUAAAGCAAAACAAAUGCCUGGCCCAUGGCUUGUUUUCUCUUCCCUCUCCCCAGGCAAGAGGAUCUUGCAGGCAUGGUGCAAUAAUUCAUUUUAGGAGGAUUCAGGACACCUACGUCUGCAGGACUGUGGUCUGCCAGUUGCUCCUUGCAAGAGACUUUUCUGUAGGACUGCCGUGGGGAGGAAUGUGUGUGUGGUACUGCCAGUCUCUGCUGGAAACCAAGGCCAGCAAAGAUGCUGCUGUAGAUGACUGACUUGCUUGUGCCUCAUGCUAUGGCUCUACAUGGCCUCUGCAGGACCAGAAUGCGCUAACCUGGGCCCCAAACAGGAGAAGAGCAUUGGGCUCAAGUCAGGUACCCUUCUGGCACGGAGAGCUCAGCCAGGCCGGGCCUGGCGUCUCUCUCAGCAGCAGGCAAAACCCAUCUGGAAUUUAGAGAAGUAUGUGAGUGCUUUCCAGGAUCGCAGCCUGCUGCCCUCAGGGAUCCCUCUGCAGCAAUCCUGCUUCUUGUGCCCACCAUCACUAUGCCACACACACCCCAGUGAAGGUGCCGUCCCGAGCCUGCCCUUGGCCCAGCCCUGCCUGGACCUGGGUGGGAGUGCUUUGCUCUACCGACGCUCUGGCCUCAGACCCAAGCCCUACGGGUUUCCUUUCCAAAGCCCUCUGGACACUGGCUCCACCACGGGAAGGGUGAUGUCUUCCUUGCUGAUGGAGCCCUGCCUGCUGCCUGUGCCAGCAGAGGAGCACUCUGGGACUGGGGUCAAAGGCUAUGCCCUCAGCUCAGGUCGGCAGGCUUCCAGCUCCUAUAGGCCAGUGCUCAAUAACAACUCUUUCCUACGGCCAAGCAGUGCUAAAGUGCCUUUACUGCAGUCACUGGAGAUCAAGAAGGUGAAAAGCAGCCACAGCUUCCCUGCUGCCCCGUGGCCCCACUCUGGGGAUGAUGGAGACAGCUCUCCCAGCAGCCUGGUCAACGGAGCAGUGAAAAGCAGUGACCUUGUGUUGGAGCAAACCACGGUCCCCUCCCUGACCCACAUGCCCAGCAGUGCAAUCGUCAGGAAGGACCCGUGUUCGCAGGAGGAUGCUGAGAGGAAAGCACACAGCUUAAAAGAGAAGGAGCCGGAGAUCAGCCUCACAGAGUCUGUGCAGCAGCUAGCCAGACAGACUGCCCCAUGCAACGGCUUUGGACGUGAAGUCAAAAGCUCUGGCCUUACGAAUGUGGGCAGCCUGUUCAACUGGAACAGCAGGUGGGGGCAGCACAUCAUAGCACAGCUCACCCCGAAAGAAACUGUUGCUCCUCUGAACUUGGAGAUGGGUAGCCAUCACCUUAAUGGUAACUCGAGCCUUAUUGGCACCGAUGGUGCCGUCGUCUGCACUAAGCGUAUCAGCGUCCAUCUCUUGGCCUCGCACGCUGGCUCUCCCAACCACAACGCCGACUGCCGGCUUGUAAGCUCGCUGAGCCCACACAGCAGCAACCAGGUGGAGAGACCAGAGCAUUCACAACUUGCUGCUGUCUCUGAAGUGGCAACUCAGAUGUCCACCAUCCAACUGGAGAAAGAGGAGGAACUGGCCCAGGCUGUGCCCGUGGGAAGGCUUAAUGUCGCUGCUGAGCAGUCGCCACUGGAGCUGAGCCAUCCCCAGGACGAAGUGGAGGAAGAACUUCCUGAUGGCCUGGACGAGAGCUGCAGCCAGGAGGAGGAUGAGGACAGUGACUCGGAUGCUUCCUCUGUUACUGGUGUGUCAUCCAGUGGCUCUGUGGCUCUUGUAUCCAGGAACUGCAUCGAGUGCCUCGCCCAGCCUGCUGAGGCUCAAGAGAAAGUGCUCAAACCAGCUCUUGUCUGCAGUUUGUUCCCUAAUGUGCCUCCAACCAUAUACUUCAGUACUCGGGAUGAGAGAGUGGAAAAGCUGCCUUGGGAACAGAGGAAGCUGCUGCGAUGGAAAAUGUGCACAGUCACACCAAACAUAGUGAAACAAACCAUUGGCAGGUCCCACUUCAGAGUCAGCAAGAAAAGCAAUGACUGGCUGGGUUGCUGGGGACACCACAUGAAAUCUCCCAGCUUCAGAGCCAUCAGGGAGCACCAGAAGUUAAACCACUUCCCCGGUUCAUUUCAAAUUGGGAGAAAGGACCGUCUGUGGCGCAAUCUGUUGAAGAUGCAGGCUCGCUGUGGAAAGAAGGAGUUUAACUUCUUCCCCCAGUCCUUCAUCCUGCCCCAGGACAUCAAAUUACUCAGGAAAGCGUGGGAGGAAGGAGCUAGCUGCCAGAAAUGGAUUGUGAAACCACCAGCAUCAGCAAGAGGCAUUGGUAUCCAGGUCAUCCACAAAUGGAGCCAGCUCCCCAAAAGGAGACCGCUGCUGGUACAGAGAUAUCUGCACAAACCCUACCUCAUUGGUGGGAAGAAGUUUGACCUGAGGAUCUACGUUUACGUCACUUGCUAUGAUCCCCUCAGGAUCUACCUGUUCAAGGAUGGAUUGGUUCGCUUUGCUAGCUGCAAGUACUCCUCCUCGAUGAAGAGCCUCAGCAACAAGUUUGUACACUUGACCAACUACAGCGUGAACAAGAAGAAUACGGAGUACAAGUCCAACUCGGAUGAGACUGCUUGUCAGGGACACAAAUGGGCACUCAAAGCUCUCUGGAGUUACCUGACCCAGAAGGGAGUUAAUAGCGAGGCCAUCUGGGAGAAGAUUAAGGACAUCGUUAUCAAAACCAUUAUUGCAUCUGAGCCCUAUGUGAACAGCCUGGUGAAGAUGUAUGUGCGGCGGCCGUAUUGUUGCCAUGAGCUGUUUGGGUUUGAUAUCAUGCUGGACGAAAACCUCAAGCCCUGGAUCUUAGAGGUCAACAUUUCCCCAAGCCUCCACUCCAACUCCCCGCUGGACGUGAGCAUCAAGGGCCAGAUGAUCCGGGACCUCCUCAACCUUGCCGGCUUCGUUCUGCCCAGCACGGACAGUGUGACCUCAGGGCCACAAACAAGAAGUGGCUCUACAUGCAGUCUGGGCAGUGCUUUGAAGGAGAAGCGCAAGCCAGCAUCUGAGCAUUUCAUAGCAGAGAAGAUGAAGAAGGCCUAUUACUUGACGCAGAAGAUACCUGACCAGGAUUUUUAUUCUUCUGUCUUGGACAUCCUGACCCCAGAUGAUGUUCGCAUCCUAGUGGAGACAGAGGACGAGUAUUCCCGGCGUGGGCAGUUCGAACGGGUGUUCCCAACCCACAUCUCCAUGCGGUACCUGCGCUUCUUUGAGCAGCCUCGUUACUUCAACAUCCUGGUGACUCAGUGGGAGCUCAAAUACUACUUGAAUAAACACAAAGGUCUGGAGCUACUGAAGAACUGGUGUGUCAAAGGGUACCACACCGGGGCAGGGACAGAUUUGGGCCAGAUGUGGUCGUUGCCAAAGUCUUUCUUCCUUCAGAAGAGCAGCGUUCAGUCAAAUGGCUUCAGCAAACUGGAACUGGGCAGACAGGGCGCACGCCUCCCUUCAGCCGGUGAAGACCUGACAAGUCGCCUGGAGCCCAGCCCUGCUCAGAGCUUACCUCUCAGCAAGUGCGCUGGUGGAGCCGACCAGAAACCUGCUGGCUGCCUCUCGGACACCGCCCUGGUGAUGUGACCAAGCAGCUGCUGUCCCUCCCCGGGGACACCUCAACCUACCUCAAAGGAAGAGACAGGAGCUGGCUCUGGAGAGCAAGGACUCUGGGAGCCCCCUGUGCUGCACGUGUGCCUGUGGGGCUGUUUUUAAAGAGGGAUGUUUUACUGGGCAAAUGGGGGAGCUGUGUGACUCCCAUUUUUAAAACAAAUGGCAAAGCCUGAGGAAGUUGAGUUUGCCUGGCCUUUGUCCUAGGCCUGACGUGGUGGUGGUGGUUUCUUUGCUGUGGGGGAGCGGGCUGAGCUUGGAGUUAGCCUGGCCUUCCCCUCCCCAGCCAGCCUGGGCAAAGCCCUUGCUUGCCUGUGUCUCCGUGUGCUUGUCCUGAGCCCCUGGGAGCCGCGUCUGCUCCUGCACCCUGUCCCGUAGCAGGGCUCCAGACUUUCAACCAACCCUUUCCAUCCUUUCUGGAUGCCUGUGCCAAUGUCCUGCCCUCCCCUGCCAUCGGGGCCUGGGGGAAGCCUCGGGCUUGCACCUCGCUGCUCGAGAGAGACCAUGGGUACCCGCGUGGCUCUGGUUUGUCGGGGGGACAGUAGGGCUGCCAGGGAGGGAGCAUCUUCUCCAGGCUGUCGGGUCUCCUGGGGGGCCCUGCAGUGU